UACGAUCCCAACCCUAUUUAACAUCUUAAAACAGCAAUAAAAAGUUAGUAAUACAAACCUCCAAACCGUUUCGGGUUUAAGGUGGUGACUAAGAUAACACUUGCAGUGCCUCCAGAUGCUUUAAACUUUUCACAGAACUCAAAGGCAGCCUUGUUCCAGAGGUACAGCUUCAGCAAGGGAUCGCUGUAACAACACAAACUCGUGUGGUAAGAUAAACCAUAUGUGAAUUUGGAAGAAGAUAGAGAUUAACUUACUCAUGUGUUUGAACAUGAAGAUCAACUCGGCGGGAUGCAGCUAUCUCUGCUUCAUCAAGCAGAAGACUGUCACUGAGAACCUGCCCAUUCACAAGUUUGAUGUGGCCAGCAUAAUCUGCAGGAGAAGACAAUAAAACUCAAUGUUUUAUAUCUUAUAAACCCAGCAAUAAAACCUAAAUUUCGGAGUCUGUAUGAAAACAUUAUCCUAGGCAAACACUUCAGAAUCAAUACAAUAUUUAAUCAUAUGAUAUCAUACUAUUUAAGAUUAGAUUAAACUAUUAUCCAAUACAAACAGUGAUAGGGUGUAAUGAUGGUGAGAACUUACCAUAAAGAUCACCUCACAAGUCGGAGGCAGCUUCAAAUUCUCUGUAUCCAUGGAUCCGGAAUCGAUCCUCAUGGAAACGGAUCGAACUGUCGUCGAGAACAGAGAGGACAGAGUUCCAUGAGAAGCUAAUAGUGACACUUGGUUCAGCUACCCGGUAAAUAGUCUUGCUCUUUGAUCCGAAAAACUUGUUGAGUUGGUAAGUAGCACCAGCUUUCAUGUGACACAAAUAAGUCUCAAUCCUUCCAUAGGGGAUGAAGCCCUGGAUAAUAUUUUCCUGUUGUUAAAAGAGAAUCAAUUAGAGAAGCUAGUCAGGAUAUCUUUAGUUGAAAACAAAAGUAAUUAAGAUAUUUAACCAGCAAUGAACAACAAAAAAAUUCUCAUGAUGGUGCUAACAACAACUAAUUAUCUAAUCUAAUCAAUCUAUUUUGUUGCUAAAGUAAUCUUAACUAUCAAUAUGUUGGAUUUUGCUGAGAUAUAAUAAGACAUCUUUAUCAAACAUUUGGUUUAAAUCCACUAUGGGAACCAAUCGUAACCAUUUAGUCUUCUUAACUGUGAAGGCGAUGAUUAGCAAACAGGUAUUAUGAUAUCAUAGCAUUUCGACCAAACAAUUUUCUAAACUAAUCUUGUAAAAAAUAUCUCGGUUUAUACCUCUUCAUCGAUGAGAAGCAUUUCGAGGCCGAUAAGCACCUUCGUCUGAGCAUUCCAAGCCUCCCAAAAGUGGAUCAACCGAUACCGUACCUCGCCUUCAUGGGGCCCGAAUGUCACGUCAUUGAAGGUAAUCACCUCCCCUACGUUGUCGGAGACGAUAGCUUUGUCUUUAGCGCCGGAAGAGACAGAGGCUUUGCCCUUAACGCCGAUGUUGAGGCCGGAAGAGGCACCGGUUUUGCUGAUUGGUUUGAUCGGACUGGAGGAGACCGCCGCUACGCCUUUUGAUUUCAUCGAACUGACAUCGCCGGAAGAGACACCGAUUUGGGCGACGGGUUAGACCGGACUGGAGGGGACCGCCGCUUCGCCGUUUGUUUUCACUGAGUCAGAAACACCGGAUAACUUCAUCGCAAUGUACAGUCGAGAGGAUAGAACAAUUUUUGAUGAAAAUAAAACAUCGAGUAAGAGAUUUAUAUAGAAUCUCAUAGGAAAAAAGCGAAAAGGAUCCAUUAAUGAGGUUAAAGAGUGUACAGGAGUGGGGAGGGAAUUGAUUGUUCGUAGGUGAAAGAUUCGUGAAACGUAGGAAACGAAGAAGAGGAAGAGAAAGGGUUUGACAAUCGAUUUUGCAAAAUUAGGGUUUGUUCUUCGCGGAAAGGGAAAAGGAGACUUAACCGUGAGAUGAGCUUCACGGGAUUCUCGAAUUUGAACGAUGGCGGGCUGGUGAAAUUUGAAGCCCAAAUGACAUAGGCGGGGCCUCUGACGUGGCGGAAAUCUGUCCUUCUAUUGGUCUGUUUUUUUGGGACGUGGACACUUUUUCCAUGGCUUAUAUUUUCCUUUUAGUAUUGUAUAUUGAUUACUACACAUUUUUUGUUUCAAAUCCAGCUAAGUAUGUUGUAUUUAACAUAAAAGAAAAUAGAAACUACGAAGUAAUUUUUUUUUUGAAAAAGGAAAAGAAUCUCAUAAUACUUUAUCCUUUUUUACCUGCUGACAAAAUCUCAAAAGGUUUAGACUUUCCACAAUCUGACAACAUGCAUAAUAAAAAGAGUAACGGUUGCUGAUAGAAAAGGUUAAAAAGUAACGGUUGCAAUAUAUAGAUAAAAAUGCUAAAGCAUAGAUACUCUUGUCAGUCAGAGAGUUGCUGUCACAAGAUAUGAAAGACGACUGAUUGGGUGAAUCCAUUGGUAACAAGUAACUACCAUUUCUUUUUGUCAACUUCUUCGCUAUAUAACAUAUUUUAUUUUACUCUUUUUUUUGCUAAAAUUUGGUUCAAUCUUUUUUCUUGUUUUACUGAGAUUUGGUGCAAUCUUACUUUACUUUUAUAGAAACCCUUAAAUAACAUUAGGAUUUUGAGAAGAAAAAAACAAAAUUACACAAAUCAAACAUUUCUUUCUAUUUUUUAUUUUCUAAUAAAAACAAAAGAAACAUAUCUAUUUUAAGUCAAGAUAUUGAUUUUAUACUUCUUCUCUUUUUUUUUGACUAAUUGAUUUUAUACUUGGGAUAAUAUUAGGCUUAAAUUUGAACUAUAUAGUUGUAUAUUUUAUUAAUUCAUAGAUCUUUGUCAAUGCAGCUAUAAUUAGCUUUUUUAAGUUAUAAAAAACUAAUUAGUUGUUUUCUAAAGAGUAUUUACGAAUAAAGGGUAUUUAAUACAUGUUAUAGAAUAGCUAAGAAUAAAACAUUAACAAAGUCUUAAAUGAAAACAUUAACAAAAAUAAAUAUUUUGUAUGAAAAAUGCAGCAUGCCUUAUCAAUAGUGCAAGUAUAACUAACAUUUUUAGAUUAGUAUACCUUAGAGAUUUCACAAGUAUUACUAAUACUUUUAAUGAAAAUGUAGCACACUUUGAAUUUGAAUGACAUAGAAAUAUCUAAUUUAGCGAAUAAUCAAUUAAUAUAAUCUACUAUAUUUUAUAUUUAAAAUAUAUAAUAUUAUUUUAACAUUCUAUUUAUUAAUUGUGACACGAAAAUUUAUCAUUAACGUAUCCAAUAUCGUUAUUUAGAAUGAUUAAUUAAUAUACAACGCCGCCAUUUGAUCCACCGUACUAAAUAUUAUAGUGAAUUUUGAUUUAUAAAUCUACGGGUUAUUUAGAAUGAUUAAUUAAUAUACAACGCCGCCAUUUGAUCCGCCGUACUAAAUAUUAUAGUGAAUUUUGAUUUAUAAAUCUAACUACCCGUAGUAACUAGUAUGAUAUAUUCACACAAAAAAAAAAAUUAGAAGAAUAAGUUGGUAUGCUUGACAUCAAGUAUAUCGCUAGUUUGGUAAUGUAUUAGUGAAAUUCUGAACUAGUGAAAUUAUUUUGAUUUCUUCACCGUAACAAUAAAUGAAUAUCUUAAUCAAAAACAAUAAAUAAAUAUUUAAAGAAACAAGUUUUCACCACGUGUCAUUACAAAGAGAAGAAAAAGACCUCAUGUGUGUGUAUAUAUAUGGUAUUCUUCUCAGUUUUCCCCUUUUCCAAUUCUUAUAUCUCUCAGUUUUUCCCAGUAGCAGUAAGCCUCUCUCUCCUAUAUUUCAGUUUCUUUGCAUAUAUCUUGCAAGAAAAUUAUUAUAUAUAUCAGUAUCAAUUUUUAUAUUUUAUUUCUAUUCAGAUUUGAGUUUCUUUCUUCAUUGUUUCAAUUUAUUCAGAAUCUUUUCUUCUUCUCUUCACUGAUUUUGAUUUAUAUUUUGCUUAUAGUGUUUCUUGAAUCUGAGUUUUAUAGUUUUCAUUGUUUAAAUAACUUUUCUUUGGUAUUUUGUUUUUUGCAUAUUCAAGUGAAAAUUUUCAUGAUUUUUUUUGGUUUUGACGAUGGAUUCACUGAUUGGAGCUUCAUGUUUUCCGAUUUAUGUUAUUGUUAAGCCUCUUUGAAGUAGAUGCUUUACAUAAUUUUUUGAUAUUAUCGUUAUUCCAGUUCAGCCCAUAACAUUGCGGAUAUAAAAUGCUAUGUAACUUUUAGAUUAACGAUAUUCAGAAUACAUAACCUAUGUAACUUGAUUUUUAAUAUUUUAACAUAAAAUACUAAUUAGAUGCCUACAAAUUAAUUUUCAUGAUUUAUUUCAAGGAUGGAUUGUUGAAAAUGUUUCAAUUUGUUAUAUUCCGCUACUACGGGUCUCUGACUAAUUUUUAAGUAGCAUGAUUUGUGUACAAUAGAUGAUUCAACAUUUCUAACAUUUAUGAAGAAUUGUUGUAUUUACAAUGUUAAUCAAAGCCAUCAUUUUUUAUUCAUUUUAAUUAGGGAUCUCUUUUAUUUAUCUCACUUAGGAAAAGCAGGCAAUAUGGAUUUGUAUGACGAUAUCUUCAACGAUCAGUCGUUGCAAUUUAGUCCUUUGCGAUUAUCACCGUCACCAGAACCAUUUACUUCGAUCGUGGACGUUUUACAAGAUCCUCUAGUGGAAGAAACUGAGAAUGUGGGGGAAGAGACUGUUGGUUUAAUCAACAAUUUUGCUGUAAGUGAGGCUAACCCCUCAAUGAGUGCACAAUCCCCAGAUCUAAUCCCACUUCCGGAUACAUUAACACUAGUGCAAUAUCCACCUGAAGUCGAACAACUGCUAUUGUGCACUCCACAUGGGUAUAUGCAAGAAAACUUGCCAAACAUACAAUCAGAUCAACCAUUUUUGUUCGAUCAAAACAUGUUGGAUGCUUUUCAAGAGCCAGAAGUAUUUGCAAUUCAAGAUCAGCAAUUCUUAUACAAUCCACAAGGGUCAUUACAAGGAAACACAAAUGGUCAACUGGAUCAGCAAUCUUUGUUCAACCAGAACACGAUGAAUAAUUUUCAGGAACCAAAUGAUUCUUCAAUGCAAGAUCACAAUUCCGGAUGCAAUCCACAUGUGUUCUUACAAGGAAACGCAAACGGACAAUUAGAUCAACAAUCUUUGUUCAAUCAAAAUACGAUGAAUCCUUUUCAGGAACUAAAUGAUUCUACAAUGAUAGGAAUUGGUCAACAAAUCGAGGAAGAAAGCAGUGGAUAUGCACAUCCUGUAAUGACUCAAUCUAUUGAGUUACCAAAUCAUCUCCAAGAGCAGUUUUCAUUACCUUUAUCACAAAGUUACCCAUCAAAUUUAAGGUACCAGAACGGCCUAGUUGAUUCACAUUCCAACAUAUACGACCAGCAACUGCCUCCAUUAUUUCAAGCUGAUAGGGAAGACGAAGCUCUAGUCCCAGGAAUGGUUACAGAGGUGGCUAGGACAUGCCCUCUACAGAAUCAGACUUCUGUGACCUCUCCUCAAUCUCAAAUACCGACGAGCUCUACAAGGACAUGCCCUUUACAGAAUCAGAUUUCUACAAGAGAUCAUCAAGUCCAACUACCUCAAAUACCGUCGAGCUCUACAAGGGAUCAUCAAGUCCAACUACCUCAAAUACCGUCGAGCUCUACAAGUAGGAAUCAAGGAAACGUGCAAGAGCUAGUGAAUAAGCCUUCGUCGGGUGUUAAAUACCCUACCCUCAAAGAUUAUGCACAUCUAUUUCCAAGCACGAAAGCAUUCGCUCCCAUAGAGGUACCAUAUUUUCUAUUUGAUGAAUGAAACUAUUUUGCGAUUUUUCCACGUAAAUAUAUAAAAACUGAAUUAUUAAAAACUUAUUGACAACAUAUACAUUACAGUUCAACGUUUUGUGGGCGUCAACAAGAAAAUAACCCAAGUCGGUUUGAGCGUCGACACAGAAAUGGCCAAAGUCGAUUAUUUGAGCGUAGCGUUUCUGGGCGUCGACAAAGAAAUGAUCCAAGUGGCUUUGAAGAUGUAGAAUCAUCAUCUGCUGCUCAGCGAAGGAGGACCGUCUCGCCAAAAAGAAAUGAUGAUUUAACUGCAGUCAACCUUGGUGAUAAAAGGCUACAAAAUAAAUUAUAUGAUCCAUUGUAUGAAAGCCUCGGACUAAAACUCGAUCCUCACUUGAGAGUUUUUUUCCCACCCAAGAAAAAUGGAUUACAAGUUGGUAGAGGAGCAAAAGAAAACCAACGGCGGCAAGAACCGGAUGAGAGACCACCGUUCACUGGCAAAAGAGAUCGG